AUGGCUACGCUCAAAAACAAAAACAAUAAUCUUAAGGCAUGCUCGACAUACACUGACAAUGAAAACCACUUUUUGGUCGAUUCGAGGUACGAAAUUGUGCGAGUGUUGGGGAAAGGAUCGUAUGGAGUCGUUUGCUCAGCUAUUGAUACAAAAAGUUCAGUCUCAGCGAUGGAGCACAAGAUUGCCAUAAAGAAAGUAACAAAGAUCUUCAACAAGGACAUCCUUUUAAUUCGAGCAAUACGAGAACUCAAGUUUAUGAUGUUUUUCAGAGGCCACAAGAAUAUUGCAACUUUGCUUGACUUGGAUGUUGUAUAUGUAAAACCUUAUGAGGGUUUGUAUUGUUUUCAAGAGCUAGCCGAUUUAGAUUUAGCCCGUGUUUUGUAUUCAAAUGUCCAAUUUUCAGAAUUUCACAUUCAAAGCUUUAUGUACCAAAUCCUUUGCGGGCUCAAGUACAUCCACUCAGCUGAUGUAAUACACCGGGACCUAAAGCCUGGGAAUAUAUUGGUCACCACUCAAGGGACGUUGAAAAUAUGCGAUUUUGGCUUAGCACGAGGAAUCAAUCCCGUAUAUUUUAGAAACCGCUCAGCUGUAAUCACAAACUACGUUGCAACACGCUGGUACAGAGCUCCUGAAUUAAUAAUGUCUACUAAAAACUACACAAAAGCGGUUGAUGUCUGGGCUGUGGGCUGUAUUCUUGGUGAGUUGUUUGGAAGAAGACCUUUAUUUCCUGGUAAAAACCUGCAUGAGCAAAUUCAUGAACUAUUCAAGAUAAUAGGAAAUCCUCCAAUUGAAACAAUCAAAAAAUAUAACUGGAAGGUAGAAGGACUACUUUGGGUAAAGUAUAGACCGGUCAAGUGGAAGAGUUUGUAUCCGUUUGCUCCUUCAAAUGCAUUAGAGUUGUUAGAUAGUCUUCUACAAUGGGAUUACAAAGCAAGAUUAGAAGUUGAACAAAUACUAGAACAAGACUUUUUCAAAAAUUUGCGGAACGUUCACGAAGAACCAUUGAGCAAGGCAAUUUUUGACUUUAGUUUUGAGGAGAAAGGAAAGAGUAUCCCACAAUUGAAAGAGAUACUUGAAACGGAAGUAAGAGUAUUCAAAGAGAUUUCUAAAACGGGAAUAGAGUGA